AAUCUCAACAUCAACUCAACAUGAAGAAUAGCGUUCUCAGGUUUGUUGUUCUCACAUGGCUCAUCAAAGUGGCCCUCUGUGGGUGGAUUACAUAUGUCCGCAUGAAAGCUACGUGGUCAGAGGCCAGAGACUACUGCAGAAAGCAUCACGAUGAGCUGUCUUCAAUUAGUAACCAAGAAGAGAAUGAACUCUUUUUCACAAUGAAGGAACAAGGCGAGUAUAUUAGAGGCUGGAUCGGUCUCUAUAAAGAUGUCGAUGAUGUGUGGAAGUGGUCAGGAGGCGAAAAUCUAUCGUACUUAAACUGGUCAAUAGCAAAACAGAACAGAACUGAAGACCGCAAAUGUGUGAUGCAACACAGAAGUGGCUGGCACAAAAUGAACUGUACGGAGAAACUUCCCUUCUACUGUUAUCACAGCGGUCUGGUUUUGGUGAAGGAAAACAAGACGUGGGAGGAGGCGAUGGAGCUGUGUCGCAACCAGCACACUGACCUGGUCAGCCUGUCCUCUGAGUCUGCUCUGGCUGAAACCAUUAAGACGAGCAGGGAAGCCCAGACAGACCACGUGUGGACCGGCCUGCGCUACCUGGCUGGCAACUGGCUGUGGGUGAAUGGGGACAGUGUAGUGUACCAGGCCUGGAGCCACGGGGAGAUGCCACAAUGCCCCACCUGGACUCACCGCUGUGGGGCCCUGUCACUGAAGGGAAAGCACUUGGAAAGCUGGGACUGUGCAGACAAACUCAACUUUGUCUGCAGUGACAAUUACAGUAUGUCUUGAUUUGCAUGAUAGACAAUAGAGAGUGUUCUUGUGCUAGUAUUUGCCUCUUGUUUAGAAAAAACGUGGUAUAAUGUAAAUGUGGGAUAAAAACAGGAUACCAAUUAUAUACUAAUUAUUUCUCUAGGGUGUUAGAAAAAUGAUUUGUACAUUAAUUAAUCCUUGAACACUUUUUCACAUAUGUUCAUGUCUGAGAAACACAUAAAGAGCUGAAAUUGCUGUGACGUGAUUUUAAUUCAGCUGUAACCCCAUGUUAUGCAUGUUUCAAUUGUGAAUUAUUUAUUACAUAUAAUUAAAGGGCAGGUUCAUGUACGUUCUUUCUUUGCUUUUCAAAUGGAAACUCAAAUGUUAUCAGAAAGGGGUGACGUAGGUUACAGCGCUGAAAACAUGGUGCCAUUAAACCUUUAUCAACCAGGUGAGGACGCAUUGA